GUUUCUCCAAGUGCGCACGGUGGCUGCUGUUGCUGCUGCUGAGGGAGCGACUCCUCCUGCCGAGAGCCCAGACGCGUCCUGAGCAACCUGCGCUCCUGGGGUGGAUUGGAUUUAAAACACACACACAAAAAAACCCAGAAAAACAAACAUUUAACCCGGCACAGGAGCCCGCGCACUGCUCCUCACUGGACCUGCCGCAGGGACGCACGCGUUUUGAGCACAAACCCGGGGAUGUAUUGCUUGUUUUAACCAUGAAGAUGUGAGGGUUUAUAAGCUGAGAAGAAAGAGAAAAAAGGAACUCCGAGGCUGACAAAAGGUGCAAGUGAGCGAGUAACAAGAAGAAAAGAAGAAGAAGAAGAAGAAGAAGAAGAAGAAGAAGAAGAAGAAGAAGAAGAAGAAGAAGAAGAAGAAGAGGCAGAAGCAGCCGCUGGAGCAGCUGAAGAUAUGAAGCUAAAGAGGUUUUGAAAACAACCCAGUGAGUGCCAAGCCGUCCUGCGUGAAGACCCCGACCUUCCCCGCGCAGUUGGGGCCUCGGCUCUCCGGCCAGGUCAAGGAUCAGUCCCAUUCCCACCCCUCCCUGCCCCCAACCCCCUCUCCUACUGGAGCCAAGAUGGCCACCGAUGGUGCCCCUCGCCUCUCCUUGCCACUCCUGCUGCCUGUCACCACUCUGCUGCUAUCACUGCUGCUCACCAGCGCCCACGCCUUAUCAUCACCAAGGUUCACGAAAGUUCCCGUCGACCAGAUUGGCGUCUCAGGGGGCGUGGUCUCCUUUGUUUGCCAGGCGACAGGCGACCCCAAGCCCCGGGUGAGCUGGAACAAGAAAGGCAAGAAGGUCAACUCCCAGCGCAUAGAGACCAUCGAGUUUGACGAGGCUGCCGGCGCCGUACUCAGAAUCCAGCCUCUGCGCGCGCCGCGAGAUGAGAACAUCUACGAAUGCGUAGCCGAGAACAGCGAGGGCGAGAUCACCGUCAAUGCCAAGCUGUCCAUCAUCCGAGAGGACCUGCUCCCACCUGGCUUCCCUAACAUCGACAUGGGCCCCCAGCUGAAAGUGGUGGAGCGCACUCGAACAGCCACCAUGCUGUGUGCUGCCAGUGGCAACCCCGACCCAGAAAUCACCUGGUACAAAGACUUCCUGCCCAUUGACCCCAGUGCAAGUAAUGGGCGAAUCAAGCAGCUACGCUCAGAAACAUUUGAGGGCACCCCGAUCCGAGGUGCCUUGCAGAUCGAGAACAGCGAGGAGACGGACCAGGGGAAGUACGAGUGCGUGGCGUCUAACGUGGAAGGCGUGCGCUACUCGUCCCCUGCUAACCUAUAUGUGCGAGAGCUUCGAGAAGUCCGGCGGGUGCCUCCUCGCUUCUCCAUUCCACCAACGAGUCAGGAAAUCAUGCCCGGAGGCAGUGUGAACAUAACGUGCGUUGCGGUGGGGUCGCCCAUGCCUUACGUCAAAUGGAUGCUGAACUCGGAGGAUUUGACACCAGAGGAUGAGAUGCCAGUGGGCAGGAACGUGCUCGAACUGAGCAGCGUUCGUGAGUCUGCCAACUACACCUGUGUAGCCAUGAGCAGCCUUGGCAUCAUUGAGGCUGUGGCGCAGAUCACCGUCAAAUCUCUCCCCAAGCCUCCAGGUACCCCUGUGGUUACUGAAACCACUGCCACCAGUGUGACCAUCACCUGGGACUCGGGCAAUCCAGACCCAGUGACUUACUACAUCAUCCAGUACAGGGCAAAGUCCCCAGACAGCAAGUAUGAGACAGUGGAUGAUAUCACCACUACACGUUACAGCAUUGGUGGCCUCUACCCCAACACGGAGUAUGAAAUCCGCGUCUCAGCCAUCAACACAAUCGGCCAGGGUCCUCCCAGUGAGCCAGUAGAAACCCGAACUGGAGAACAAGCCCCAGCUAGUCCCCCGCGGAACAUUCAGGCCCAGAUCAUUUCCCAAAACACCAUGAUGGUGCGCUGGGAAGAACCUGAAGAGCCCAAUGGGCAGAUCAAGGGAUACCGGGUUUAUUACACGAUGGACGACUCCCAGCCCAUGAGCCUCUGGCAGAUCCACAAUGUCCAGGACAGCAUCAUCACUACUAUCCAGAGCCUGGUUCCUCAAGAGACAUACACAAUCAAAGUUCUUGCAUUCACUUCUGUAGGCGAUGGACCCUUCUCAGAGCCCAUCCAUGUCAAAGUACUGCAAGGAGUUCCAGGUCAACCGUCGAAAUUCAUGGUUGGUGCUGUGUCUGACACCAGUAUUGAGCUGACCUGGGAACCUGCCUAUGACAAGGAGGGAAUUAUAAAUUAUGAACUUCGCUACUCAGAAGGCAGUUUUGGGACCCCGAUGAAGAAAACAUUUGGACCCACAUCUGCAUAUGUUGUGGAAGGGCUCCGCCCGCACACAGAUUACCAAUUCUCCCUGGCAGCCAUUUCAAACAAAGGCAUCGGAGCCUUCACAAAUGACAUAUCGCAGAAGACCCUGCAAGCCAAGCCCUCAGCCCCCCCUCAAGACAUUAAGUGCAGCAGCACCAGCUCCACCUCCCUGCUGGUAAGUUGGCACCCCCCGCCUUUGAAGAGUCAGAACGGUGUCCUGGCAGGGUAUAGGGUGCGCUACGAGGUGGUGGGCCCGUCAGAAGGCGGCAGCGACGACGACGAAGCCACAGAGGAGCCUGCCACCGAAGAGCAGGUGCUGCUGCAGCGACUGGAGAAGUGGACCCAGUACCACAUCACCGUGUCCGCCCUCACCGUGAUAGGGCCGGGCCCUGAGAGUGAGCCCCUGCUCUGCCGGACAGAUGAAGAUGUUCCGGGGUCUCCUCCAAGGCGUGUGGAGGUGGAGGUCCUCAACUCCACCGCACUUAAGGUGAUGUGGCGCUCCAUGACGCCAGGCAAGCAGCACGGUCAGAUCCGUGGUUACCAGGUUCACUACGUGCGAGUGGAAAAUGGCGAGUCAAGGGGCCUACCCCUCAUCAAGGACGUCAUGCUGGCCGAUGCCCAGUGGGAAACGGACGAUACAGCUGAAUAUGAAAUGGUCAUUGGAGGACUCAAGCCAGAGACCACUUACUCCAUCACGGUGGCAGCAUACACCACCAAAGGUGAUGGAGCCCGGAGCAAACCCAAACUGGUGGUGACCAAAGGGGCAGUGCCUGGUGCACCCUAUCUGUUUGUGGCUCAGGACUCGGAGACAUCAGCUGAUGUUCGCUGGAACCCUCCAGAUCUGACCAAUGGCAUGGAUCUGCAGGGUUACCGGCUCCAGUUUGGCCGCAAAGAUGUCUCUCCCUUGGCCACACUGGAAUUUGCUCCCCAGCAACGACAGUACUCUGUGGUCAACAUUCACCGGGGUGCCACUUAUCUCUUUAAAAUCUCUGCCAAGAGCAGGGGGGGCUUUGGGGAAGAGGCUGUUGCGGAACUCGGUAUGCCUGAGAAUUCGCCAGGCGGAUACCCUCAAAUUAAUGAGGGCUCCAAUGUGACAUGCUGCUCAGUGCAGCUGUCCUGGUCUCCACCAGUGCUGGCAGAGAGAAAUGGGGUAAUCACAGAGUAUACGUUGGCCUAUAAAGAGACUGGUGCCAAAGGAGCACCGCAGGAGCUGCACUUGGCCCCCAACCUGUCCAACUACGUGCUCAACAGCCUCAAACCAAACUCAGCGUACGAUGUGCAAAUUCGUGCACACACCAGUGUAGGUCCAGGGCCCUACAGCCCUCCUACCCAGUAUCGGACGGUGGCCUCUGAUCCAGCAGAUGUCCCAAAGAAUUUCACAGUCAAAUGGGCCACCAAGACCACAGUGGUUCUGGCAUGGAAGUUUUCUGAAAGCAGAUCUCCAUACAAAUGCACGAUUGAAUACAACCGUCAGAAGAUGGACGUGGAUGCCAGGCUGAUGAGAGUGCUCGUCACUGGACUAAGGCACAACACCACAUAUGAGUUCAGGGUGACCUGCCAAGAAAGCAUGGACGGUGGGCCGAGACACCGCGUGGUGGCCAGGACCGCGCCACUCAUUAUUGUCAAGAAACCCAAGAUGGACAUCUACGCUGAGCCUGAGAACCUACUCACUAUGUCCUUCCCACCGGUCGAUACCCAGGAUAUCAAGACCUUCUAUGUAGUGGUGGUGCCUCUUAAGAAGACGAUGGGAGCUGUAAAAAACCUGAAGAACCCUGAUGAAAUGGACAUGGAAGAGCUGUUGCGGGAGGUGACCCAUAAGCGUCGCUCCCGCCGUCAGCUGGCGCAGCUGGACCAGAGGAAGCCCUACAUCACGGCGUGCUUCAGGCAGCUGCCCUCCAGCUUCACAGUGGGAUCGGACCACCGCCAUAGCAGCUGUGAGAACAAGCCUCUUGAACCGGGCCAGGAGUACGUCUUCUUCCUGCUGGCUGAACUCAACACCACCGCUGGGAAAAUGUAUGCCACCAGCCCUUACACGGACACAGUGAUGACCCCUCAGGGGCCGGGGGACCCCCUGCCAGUUGAGACUGGUGAUGGACUCAUAUGGGUGGUGGGCCCAGUGCUGGCCGUGGUCUUCAUCAUCUGCAUCGUCAUCGCCAUUCUCCUUUACAAAAACAAACCUGACAGUCGCAAGAGAAAAGAGUCAGAGCCGCGCACAAAGUGUCUGCUGAACAACGCAGACAUCACCCCCCACCACCCUACAGACCCUGUGGAGAUGAGACGCAUCAAUUUCCAAACUCCAGAUUCUGGUCUGAGCAGUCCUCAGAGUGAAGCAGAUAUUGACUAUGAAAGUAUGAUGAAUCAUCCUCCCAUCCCCAUCUCAGAGCUGGCGGAACACACGGAGCUGCUCAAAGCCAACGACAACCUCAAGCUCUCGCAGGAAUAUGAGUCCAUCGAUCCAGGCCAGCAGUUCACCUGGGAGCACUCCAACCUGGAGGUGAACAAGCCCAAGAACCGCUACGCCAACGUCAUCGCCUACGACCACUCCCGGGUCAUCCUGGCUCCCAUUGACAGCAUCACAGGUAGCGACUACAUUAACGCCAACUACAUCGAUGGCUACAGGAAGCAGAACGCCUACAUCGCCACCCAGGGUCCUUUACCCGAGACGUUUGGGGACUUCUGGAGGAUGGUGUGGGAGCAGAGAGCGGCCACCGUGGUCAUGAUGACCAGGCUGGAGGAGAAGUCACGGAUAAAGUGUGACCAGUACUGGCCCAGUCGUGGCACAGAAACCUAUGGUAUGACCCAAGUCACCCUGCUGGACACGAUAGAACUGGCCACUUUCUGUGUCCGCACUUUCUCCUUGCACAAGAACGGCUCUAGUGAGAAGCGGGAGGUUCGUCAGUUCCAGUUCACGGCGUGGCCUGACCACGGCGUGCCAGAGUACCCGACCCCGUUCCUGGCCUUCCUCCGUAGAGUGAAGACCUGCAACCCGCCCGAUGCUGGACCCAUCAUAGCCCACUGCAGUGCGGGUGUCGGGCGGACGGGCUGCUUUAUCGUCAUCGAUGCCAUGCUCGAGCGUAUCAAGCACGAGAAGACGGUCGACAUUUACGGCCACGUGACGCUGAUGCGGUCUCAGCGGAACUACAUGGUGCAGACGGAGGACCAGUACAGCUUCAUUCACGAUGCACUGCUGGAGGCGGUGGCCUGCGGCAACACCGAGGUGGCUGCCCGGAGCCUCUACUCCUACAUCCAGAAGCUGGCGCAGGUGGAGAGCGGCGAGCAUGUCACCGGCAUGGAGCUGGAGUUCAAGCGUUUGGCCAACUCCAAAGCCCACACGUCGCGCUUCAUCAGUGCCAACCUUCCCUGCAACAAAUUCAAGAAUCGGCUGGUCAACAUCAUGCCCUACGAGACCACACGCGUCUGCCUGCAGCCAAUCAGAGGCCUGGAAGGAUCCGACUACAUCAACUCCAGUUUCAUUGAUGGAUACAGGCAACAGAAAGCCUACAUCGCCACACAGGGCCCUCUGGCCGAGACUACAGAAGACUUCUGGAGAAUGCUCUGGGAGAACAACUCUACCAUUGUAGUCAUGUUGACCAAACUGAGAGAGAUGGGACGGGAAAAGUGUCACCAAUAUUGGCCUGCUGAGCGCUCCGCCAGGUAUCAGUACUUCGUAGUGGAUCCCAUGGCCGAGUACAACAUGCCCCAGUACAUCCUACGAGAGUUCAAGGUCACAGACGCCAGGGAUGGCCAGUCCAGGACAGUAAGGCAGUUCCAGUUUACCGAUUGGCCAGAGCAAGGCGUCCCCAAAUCCGGGGAGGGCUUCAUUGAUUUCAUUGGCCAGGUUCAUAAAACAAAGGAGCAGUUUGGACAGGACGGACCAAUCUCUGUUCACUGCAGUGCUGGCGUGGGCAGGACUGGAGUCUUCAUCACCCUCAGCAUCGUACUGGAGAGAAUGCGCUACGAAGGCGUGGUCGAUAUCUUCCAGACAGUGAAGAUGCUCCGGACACAGAGGCCGGCCAUGGUCCAGACUGAGGAUGAGUACCAAUUCUGCUACCACGCAGCUCUGGAGUACUUAGGAAGCUUUGAUCACUAUGCAACGUAAAAAGCCAUCUCUCCCACCCCCCCCCCAGAAUCCUGUCGCCCCCACCCCCACCCCACAACAGUCUCCUGAGCCAUAGAAACUUUGAAAUUUAAAACGACGACCUGCAGAACGCAGCCGGUUCAGACACACCAAACAGGAUCCCAUUGUAGAUGACGCCCAACAAAGUUAGAUUAGAUUUUAAAUUCCAACCCGAUUAACUCUUCUCGAGGAAGCGAGGAAACAUUUGCCCAUCAUCAAGAGAGGAGAAUCCUCGUCAGGAGAGGAGAACGGACGCUGUGGCUCAAGCUGGUGGGGCGGGAAUCGAUCAAAGUGUCAGACUGCUUACCUUACCUCAAGUGUUUCAAUGUGGAGGACAUUGUAAACAUUCGUGGACAUUUUCUCUUCUCAAAAAUAUCUCCGUGAUACAACGGCAACAAGCUACAGGUGAUGAAGGAGAAGGCGACAGCGAAAAUCAGCGCGAGGCAGAUGGAUGUAGCCAAGACGGGGGGACUUUCUUGUUUUUUUGAUAUGACUGGGUGUGAAAGGGGUUCAAGUAUUUCUAUCAACACAUGUUGCGAGUGGUAUCCAGAGAAAUGACCAAAAUCGAGGUUUGCCCGUGUGAACACGAAUGGUUCUCCCCCAAACUCUGGUCACACAAACAUGAUGGGACGAAACAAAACAUCGAGAAGACGUAAAAAAGCACGAGAACGCCCCCAUGAGGCAUCAGCAAGAUCUUGAGUUUAACACUGUUCCACCAAUGAUCUGAGUAACACUCAACUAUCAUGUAUACAUCACGUGACGGCCUGUUCUCGAGGAGCCAUUGUCAGUAGUUGCCGGAAAGAAAGCGGCAACACACACACAGUAUCUUACGCUCAGUUAGUUUCUUGAAUUGUGAACUUGUGCAAAAUCAGUAUCUUAAGCCAGGUGGAGGCCUCAGUGACGUUGUACCACAAUGUAUUUACAGUGAAUAGGUGCCCCAGGAGAAUCCGGGAAGGGGUGGGGGGGGGAACCUUGCCUUUACAGGAAGCUGCGGCCGAACUGGGAGAAAUGGCAACCGUGUCCCAUGAUCUUUUACAAUCACUCCCUCUCUUUGGAACCAUUGCAUCAUGGAGCUUAGGUGUCCACACCCACCGUCGUGAGUGAGAGAUAAAUCUGGAAGCUUUGGAACGAACGGAACACCCAAACAAGGAUUGCCGAAUAAGGGUUCGGGGCUUUCUUUGUGUACAGUGACCAAUGCUCAUCAUCGUUUGGAACUUUUUCUUUUGUGUCUUUUAAAGGAAUUCUCUUUUUAUUUUGUAUCUUUUUUUUCUGUCAAACCAAACAUGCUGCUUAUAUUGUGUAUGCUGUACGUGUGACUCUUGAGGGAGAGGAAAGUGACAAACAAAAAAGAUGCCAGCUCUGCUCACCGCUCGCACCCCCGGGGCGGACGUGACGCGAAGAAGCCCAUCCACUCGACAUCCUGGUUCCACCGGACUUCUCCAAGACCUCCUUUUGUUUCCAGCCUCCUCUAUAAUCAUGUAUUUCAUUGUGUAAGACUCUCGAGAGCGGCAGAGGCCUGUUGCAGUUACAAAGCUUUACGUUCAUGUGAUUGAAGAAUUGGCCUUCUAGUUCCACUGUAUGUGUUUGGUGACAGUUGGAUAAACAAAAGUAGACGCUUUCUUUUUAUUUUUUAUUUUUUUCGUCCUCGUUUUAUAGACGAUGUCUCUGUGGGUGACGCGGAUCUCAACGGCCAUGAUGUGAUAAUGAAAUUCUUUGGUACUACAUACUUUACUUGCACAUCCCUAAGGAAAAACUAAACGAGAAGAAACUUGAAACAAAAUACCCCAAAAACAACUGCAGGUUGACGCACUAAUGUUAAUGUCUGACAGUUUAAAAGAAGCUUUUUGAAAUAACCAGGUUUUUAUUUUGAGAUCAGCGCUUUGGUGUGGACGAAGGUUUCCGGUGGUUGUGCACAAAGACCAGAGCAAAGGACAGAACUGUGUGUAAUCUUUUCUUAUUUCCAAAAAAGCCUUAUUGUUAUUGUAACAUUAUGGAACAUUAAUGUUGUAUUAUGACAACUUAUUUUACAUUACAUAGUUGACUUUUUAUUUUCUUUUUCUUUUUUGGGUUUAGUUUUUUAACAGAGAUGUUGUAUCACAUUUUUUAAAAUUAGCCGGAGAGGACGAGAUGCUUAUUUGUUCAUAUUACGUUAAAAGACAUUCUAUUUUUUCACUGUAGAAACAUAUAACAUGUCAGUGUGCGUAAGUGCGCAUAUAUGUAUGUAUUUCUAUAUACAUAAAUAAAUGCACACUCACAUACAUAUAUAUUUAAAAGCAGAAUAUAAAAGUAUAUCCAGACACUUAGUAUGAAUUCAAUUUUUUCUCCUCAUCAUCUUUUUUUAUACCAGCCAGUGCUCAUGUUUCAUGAUAUAAUGGGUUUUUAUUAUUUUAUUUUGUUUGUAACUUCAUUUGAUUUUUAUUCUUAAACCUUGUGUGUUUCUUUAGAAGAAGCAGAGGGUUGAUUAGAUCUGAUUCCUCUGCCUCCGCUCACCAAUGUUUAACUUCUGCCCGAUUCUGGAUUCUGUGCCGAUGAGGAGACGCCAUUUUUUUUAAACCUUGCUGAGAUUCUUUAUUGUCAUUAACUUGUAGGCAUUAGUAUUCUUUAGAUUUUCUUAUUUUAUUUUUGAGCAACUGUUGAUCAACUGGUCUAUAAAAUAUCUAAUCAAAAAUUUCAUAACUGACCUUUUUGACUGUACCUCGGACGACCGUGUACAGACUACGACCCUCACAGCUUUCAAGGGAAAAUCUAAUGAUCUUUCUCUUUUUUGCUUUAACGUUUAUUUUUUUCCGACAUAAUGUGGUCAUUCAUUUUGUUAGAUAAACACUAUGAUCUAGAAUAUACCUGUAAAUAAACAAAUAUAUAGAUUAUAUGUAUUUGUAUCAUUUGACCCUGAAGAUCUCAAACUUUAAAUGGGCCAAGAACUGCAAAGACUUUGAGUUUCUGCUCAUAUCUGACUUCCUGGUGUUUGUAAAGCCUGUUUUCUCUCCUCCUUUCUCCAGCCCUGCUCCCAAUAGUCUUUAAUUACCUCUCCCUUUUAUUUUUUUAACAUCAGCCUUUAAUUUCACCUCUUAAACUGGGAAACUUCACUCGCCUCAGUGAGGGCAGGAAAUCCGCUUCAGUGAUCUGCCGAGAGGUUCAGCCACUCCAUCUUCUGACCGCUUGAAUUGUUAAUCAAACGUCAAUUCAAGGGUCGGUUGCGUUUCUCAUCCGUAAAGUGGACAAGGACUUUUUUCUUGCCCUGGCAUUAGCUUGAGUUAAACCUCUCUGCAACCAGAGGGCUCCAAAAACUCUAGAAACUGGUUGUGUUUAUAUAAUUACACCUCCAAAGUCCUAAUUCCUACAAAAACAGGCGUAGACUCUUAAUUCCUCCACUGCUGUGAGAAGCAGUAGCACCCAAGGGUGUUUCUCAUUCCUUCAGUUUCCCACAAACCACCUCAAAAAGAUUCCCAGCUGUCCAAACUACCGAAUAUGACACGGUUUAAACCACGAAUAUACUAUUGGCAGGCGGAAGAGCGCAGCUCAGCUAAAGGCCAGAAACAGUUCAGUUGCAGUUGUAUAGAAUCAUCUGUGCUUUUUUCUUUUUCCGUUCCACCAUGUUUCGUUAUGGGAUGCAGAAAGAAAUCGGGGCUCAAGUGAAACACAAGCAGUGCGGUGCAACCAACGGAAGCCCAAGACAACCAAAAAAAAACACUUGCUGCAAAUCGUCAUUUUCAGCACAUCACUUCUGAACAGUGGGAAACUUGAUAUGUUUCACAACGAACUAAAAAUCUAAAACCAUCUGAGGACUUCUGGAACUCACUUCUGAAAAGACUGGUUAAAAAAGGGGGGGGUGGGUUGGCGGCACGGCAAAACCGAAACCCGAGGAAGUCUUUGGAAGCUUGUGCAAUGUGUAAACAAUUUUGACUUCAUGUAAAGAUGCUAGACUUUUGAAAACAGUUUUCCUGGAAUACGUCGCCGAAUAUUUGGGCGGGGGAGGGACUAACAAACAGAAAAAACAUCACUAACAAAAAAAACAAAAAAAUGACAUCAAAAAGAGUAGAACAUAAACAGAACAUACCGGCGACAGGAAAAAGAACCGGCAAAAAUAGUCUUUCCUUUGUAUGAGGGCCAAGUGCUAUCACUUUCAAACUGUUAAUUCUAACUGAAACAAUAAUUGGUUUAAAGCCACUGUGUAUGUAGAUAUGUUGACUUUGUAUUAAAGAAAUGUUGUCUGAAAA